AUGGCUACUACAAGACGAACAUCCGCACGUCACCAACUGAAGACCCCUAAUACCGUUAACGUUACACAUGGAGAACAGGCGACUGCGGAGGAGAACAUAAUAACCCCUGUUACAGAUGAUCAUACGGCGUCUCCUUCAACCUCUGCUUUGCAAUCUUCUGUGUGCCCCGAAUCCCAAUUUGACUCAAAUGUUUCUGCCCAUUAUCUAUCUAUCUCAGUAUUUUCAUUUAUUUAUUUAUUUAUUUAUUUAUUUCUAUCUAUCUAUCUAUCUAUCUAUCUCAGUCUUUUUCUUUCUUUCUUAAUCUUUUCAUAUCUAUAUAUCUAUCUCAGGCUUUUCUUUCUACCUCAGUUUUUUCAUAUCUAUCUAUCUAUCUAUCUAUCUAUCUAUCUAUCUAUCUAUCUAUCUAUCUAUCUCAGUCUUUUCAUAUCUAUCUAUCUCUCUAUCUAUCUAUCUAUCUAUCUAUCUUAUCUUUCCAUAUCUAUCUAUCUAUCUAUCUAUCUAUCUAUCUAUCUAUCUCAGCCCGUUUGUCUCUAUCUAUUUAUCUAUCUCAGUUUUUUCAUAUCUAUCUAUCUAUCUAUCUAUCUAUCUAUCUUUUUUCUUUCUUUCUUUCUUUCUUUCUUUCUUUCUUUCUUAAUCUUUUCAUAUCUAUCUAUCUCAGUCUUUUCAUAUCUAUCUAUCUAUCUAUCUAUCUAUCUAUCUAUCUAUCUAUCUAUCUAUUUCAGUCCGUUUGUCUCUAUCUAUUUAUCUAUCUCAGUUUUUUCAUAUCUAUCUAUCUAUCUAUCUAUCUAUCUAUCUAUCUAUCUAUCUAUCUAUCUAUCUAUCUAUCUAUCACACAUCCUUUAUUUCUAUCCACAUGUAUCGAUUAUUUCAAACGUUUUCUUUGAUUCUCCUGUCGCAAACGACCCCCCUUCGUAUAACGAAAAAGCAAGAAAGAAAAAUGUUCCCGUAAAGCCUCAUUGGUGA